AUGGACAGCAUUGCUGAGAGUAUUUAUACGGAGAUCCCCGCUCCCGAGGAACUCAAUGACACGCCGUCGCUUUUGACGGUAAUUUUCGAGCUCACGCCGCGCAGCUGGUACUCGCUACGAGAGAAAGUCACCAUCCAAGAAACUGUCAAGACGGUUUUGGUCUUCAUGAACGCACACCUCUCUCUUAACAACAGCAACCAGGUAGCGUUUAUUUUGUCGCUGCCUCUUGGCUCGGAGAUUCUACACCCCAGCGUGGAAUCUGACGAGAAUGAGAAAGGUCUCCAUGGUUCGCAGGAGAAUGCCCUUCUUAUCAACGAGGGCAUGUACCGAAACUUUCGUAUAGUUGACGAGGUGGUGAUGAGGAAGCUUAAUUAUGCUCUAGAAAAAAUCUCGACAAAUCUUUCCGAGUCAGAAAAGAAAGUCUCCACCGUUGCUGGAGCUUUGCUGCGAGCGCUCACCUACACCAAUAGACUCUUACACUUAGACCAAUCGAUCUCGACCACAACAGCGUCAGCGAUCAACUCAACGGCAUCGACGAUGAACACGCUGGGCACAGGCUCGUCGACCAACAUGUCAGCAACCUCGAUGCACGCACGAGUGCUUGUGGUGACCCCAAACGAUACCUACGAGCUGAACUACAUUGCCAUCAUGAAUUCGAUUUUCGCGGCGCAAAGAUGA